AUGGCUGCUGCCCCUCGCGAGCGAUUCGCCAUUUGCCUGCCUGUUCUGACUGGUCUCCGUCGCAGCAGCUCCUCCCCACGCUUCCUCCCCGCCCACAACGGCUACCGACGUCCUCAGCUGCUGCGGUUGGCUGCUCGAGUCUCACGAACGGCGUCAACCCACUGCCCAUGGGUCGCUCGUGGCAGAGCAGCGCGAGCAGUCCUGCAGAACCCUGAGAGAACUCCUUUCUCCCCGACGACGCCACCCACUCCUGCUGCUCUCGACUGGGAAAAGCUCCCGUCCCCUUGUCCUUCUCUUCCGGUAGCCUGUGCCCUGCGUCAAUUCUCCUCUGAUCAAGCCCCGCCAUCCCCCCAGUGCAGUCUGUCUACAUGCCAACCCCCGCCCGAAGACCCGUGCCAGAUCAGCUUGUCCAGAAUUGACGUCCAAGGAACCGCGAUGGCGGACCAGAGGAGUCCGCCAUCGUCGCGGCCAAACUUCUCCAAUCCAUGGAAACCGGCCCCCUCGUCCAAAGGCUCGUCGGACGUUCCUGACGGCCGGAUCGCGUACACGCUGACCGCCUGUAUCCGAUGUAGACAGCUGCGGGAGAGAGCUCGAGCGUUGGAGAAAGAGAUUGCGGCCGCGGAGAAGGAAAUUCAGCAUACCGCUGAUGCGGAGUUGAUGGUGCGCGGUGCAGGUCGCAUCAAGUUCCAUCCCAAUGACGAGCCUCGAUACCUGGGCCCGUCCAGUGGCAUCGCCAUCACGCGCUUGGUGAUGGAGAUGGCCAAGCAAAAUACCGAUUCGAAAAGCAUCAAGGAUGUCGUGCCCGAAAUCACGGCUCAGGAAAUCCGAGACAUGUUCACCAAGGAGAGCUCCAAGCCGACCUCGAAGGUAGUCCCCCGACGCUCUGGGCUGCGGGAGAGACAGGCAAGGAUGAAGCUAACGGCCACUGCAGGUCAAGCCAUGCUUCCUACACUCCACGAGCCAACGUUUCGCCAAGAUGUGGAGGAUGUCUUUAACGGCUCAACGGAUCCGGUGAAGAAUUUCCAACUUCGCAUGGUCAUUGCCAUCAGCAUGCAAAAGAUAAGUCCCGACUACGCAGGCUUGGCGGACAGCUAUUACCUGGCUGCACUCCCCUACUUGGAGGCGUCCCUCAAGAGAAUGGAUCUGAGCUCCUUGCAAUGCUUGGUUCUAAUCGCCCAGUACUCCCUGGUGACUCCGACUAGGACAGCGGCGUAUUGGGUCGUCGGUCUGGCCGUGAAACUGGCUCAGGAACUCAGAAUUACGGAGGAGGCCACCAUCACCAAGUCGCCCACGGGUGAACCUUUGAACUUUCUAGAGAUCGACAUGCGCCGGCGGCUCUCCUGGAUUGUCUUCUCGAUGGAGUUUGGUCUAUCCCACAGCCUCGGGCGGCCGAAUGCCUUUUGUAUCAGCCAUGAUCAUGUUGAUGUCAAGUGGUUCGAGUUGGUCGAUGAUCGCUUCAUCACUCCCCAAGGAGUGCUCCCGGGCAGCAAACCGGUUAUGGCCAAAUGCAUCGCGAUUCAUUUCUUUAAGAUGCGGCUUUUGCAAGCAGAAAUCCGACGCACCCUCUACCUUAACAAACGAGAAACUCCCGUCGACGAUCAGGAUCCCUGGUUUGCUCAGAUGCUUGCCAAGAUAGAUCAUUGGGUGGCAUCCUGUCCCAAGAACGACGCUGGUAGCGGCUUGAACGAGUCCUGGUUUCAAGGAAGACGGAACACAAUGAUUGUCAUGCUGUUUCGUCCAUCACCCCAGAUUCCAGAGCCGUCAGUCAACGCUGCGCGUAGGUGUUACGACGCCUCGGUGUUCAAUGUCGGGUUACAGCGGGAACAAAUUGCAACAGGCUCGAUCGACUUGACGUGGGCAUUCACGCAGUCACUCUUCAUGGCCAUCAACACCAUCCUCUGGUCUCUGUCCUAUCCAGAAAUCCGUAAAGAGCAUCCGAUCGAAGAAGUUCAAAGCUAUCUCCAAGUCGCCCUGGAGGGGGUGGCGCUGGCCGCCGAGAGGUGGCCAGGCGUCGAGUCUGCUUUGCACCUGUAUAAGAGUCUGAUCACGGCUUGCCUGAAGGCGUACGACACCGGGGAAUCCUUUGUGGUCCAUUCACCGUCGAACCACCCGUCCCCAGCCUCGGCCCAGGAUGUCACUACACCACCCAACAUGUCCAGCCCGUCUAGCAGCACAACAACCUCGUUCUAUCCCAUGCACAAUGCCAAGUCCACUGGUCCUUCUGUCUCUGACGGCGAAUCCUAUGGCACCAUCUCGCGGGGGCCGUCUGCGGAACCUCCACCCCAAUUUCCGCCUGCAACAACCCCGUCGGCGCCGGCGACUCAGCCAUUGCCGAAAACAUUGCAUCUCCCCCAGGAAGUACUUCCGCCCCAUCUCCAACAAGGUCCGCCAACCCAACCGCUCCAGGAAUCCUUAUACAACCUCCAGCCAUAUGCUCCAGCGCCUGCUAGUUAUUCCCAAGCGAAUUUUGACCCGACUACUCCAUUUAACGCUUUCCCCUCCGUGCUUCCUGGCCUUCCAGGCUGGGAUCCGAAUUAUACCGCAGCAUCAACAACAGCCAGCCACCUAGCAUACGUCGACGCAACUGUCGAUCCCAUGCUCUGGCUUGGCUCUAUUGGGGAUCAAUACUCGCAAUACUCCAAUCAGCCUUUCCCGGGCCGGGGACGCACUCUGAGUCAACAAGAACAGAUUGAACUGAUGGAUUCCCUUGAGGAUAAUAUCCCAGAUGUAUCUGCACAACUGUUGGACCAGACGGCCAUCUUUUACCACUCAGAAACCUUACUGCGCCUUAUGCGGAGUGCAGGGAAGAUCGUGGUAUUAGUAGAGCUUGUUCGAAGUAGAACCCUACUGAGCAAUGGAGUACAUGACGGCUCGAUUGACUUCACUCUCGCUGCAGAGAGAGCGCGUCUCGCCUCACUUGCAGUGAAGCUCAGCCCGGCCGCAGCCCAUGUGACGGCUGGCCAACCAGCGCGCGGAGAAGCGCCGCUGCCCGCCGCCUCCAGACCCGCCUUACCUAAUCGGGCCGCGGCCCUAGACACACCCGGCGCAGUCACGUGCCGCGGGCUCUGUUCGCCUUUGCCGUCAUCCAACUACCUCCUCGUCACGUCGCUCCCUCCCAGCUCGCAUCAAAGGGCGUCGCCCAUUCCCCAGCACCUCGACCGCCUCCUCCUUCGACCAUCCCCCAUCGACGUGCCUCCCGCCAACACGCCUUCUGCCAGGCGCUUCUCCUCCGUGGAAUGCAGGUUGCUGCUCCGGUGCCUCGAAGCCCGUCCCAGCGGUCCUCUCUCACCGUCGUCGCCCCCGGUUGAAUCGCUGAAGGCGAAUCCGUCACCCCCUUCCUCCACCGCCUACAAUCCCCAGACACCCACGUCUCCUCCGUUGAUGUCAGUCGGCGCUCAAAGCUAUGCCUCCAAUUUCGCAAAUUCUCAAACGUCCCCCAGCCAUACGACGUCACAAGGACAGCCUCUAUCCUCCCCUCCUUCCUCGACCCCGAUGUCUACACAGCUCUCGCAGCCGCCGACUGUAAGCACGACCAACUCGUUCCCCACACCCGCGAGCAGUGUGAGCGGCCAUUUGGUGAGUGCGACAUCGGCGGAUGAUCUCGACAGCGCCGAUAAGUCAUCCAGUGGGUGGCGGCAUUCUGGAGCGUCAAUGAACGCAACCAACACGGCAGAUCCCAUGGAUCUUGGUCAAUCAGAGCACAGGAGAUCGGAUCACGACCGACAGUGGCCAGGAGCCGAUUCAGGAAGUACGAACAUGGAAGGCCGACCGAUGGUCCACGACGAGGAUAUGAUGGAUGUUGACCAGAAAGCGGGCGCAUCUACCAACCGUGGUGAUCCUAGUAUCGAGUCGUUGCAGCAAGACAUUGGCACGGCCUUCCAUCUUUGCAAAACCUUACCUACGAUAUCUGGGCCUGAUCCGAGCCUGGAUCUCGUAUCACUGUAUGGGCUGGCCCCAAUUGGGAAGUCGGUGAUGAGGGCAGAUCCCGUGACAGGAGAGAAGAUUAACCGGUUACGCAAAUCCUACGAGGGGAAGUUGAAAGGACUUGGGCUUUCUGGACGGAAUAAACCGGUCAAGCACGAACCGGGAACCCCUGGUGGUUUGAGGCAACUGACGAUGUGGCCGGAGGAGGAGUGGCAGAACCAGAAAGUCAUCGGGAAGGAGAUUAAGGUUGCGGACGUUGACUCAGCCCUCCACAAGCUGCAGAUGAGAGCGAUGAAGAUGGAACCAGGUACUGUGCCGAAUCAUGAGUAUUGGGAGGACGUUUUGGGUCAUGAGAAGCCAUCCAAGCAUGCCGAUGCGGGUAAGAAGGCCGCGGCAACCCCUGCUGCUCCUCGCCAGCCGGUUCAGGCAAACGGCACUACCCCGGCUGCGGCGGCAGAACCGGAACGCACUCGACCGAGCCGUGGAAAGAAGCGGCAUUACGAUGACAACAGUUUUGUCGGUUAUGGCGAAGGUUACGCAGACGACGAUGACGAGGGGGCAUUCUAUUCGAGCGAGGAUAAAAAGAAGAAACGGAAGAAGUCUGACAUUGGUGUCCUGCAGGACCAUAUGUCAAAGGUAUCGCCUCCAAUUCCUGAAAGAAGCGGAACAUAUGGAGUGGGCAUUUGCCAUGUCUUCUGUUUCAGGGUGGCGGAGGACAGGCCGGUGGCUGGUGAGAAACUUCUGCUACGGGAUGACGCUGUGUCUAGCUUACAGUUCACGAGACGGCCCGAUGGUCAUCAUCAUAUUGAUGGAGCAGAAACCAUUAUUUUGUAUGCUACCCAGGUAUCUUGUUUAGGUAUGAUUUCAUUUCACUUUGCUGGUUGUCCUCUCUGCCCCGCUCCGGUACUAAGUAGCGGCGACAAAGGUAUAUAUAAUAUUGCUCUGUGCUGUACUAUAAUCAUGGCCCAAUCCUCGCAGCAAAAAAGACCCUUCUCCUCCUUCCGUCUCCUCUCAUUCGACAUCUACGGCACCCUGAUCGACUGGGAGACGGGCAUCCUCGACGCGCUGGAGCCUCUGCGCUCUCGCCUGCCGGACGGCCAUCCUUUACGAUCGGACGGCCUGGGCCUAGGCGCCAAAUUCAAUGCGCACGAGAAACGCAUCCAGGCCGCGCAGCCGAGUCUGACGUAUGACGCGGUCUUGAGAGAGGCCUAUGUCGCGCUUGCAGGGGAAUUGGAUGCUCUUCCUGAUAACGAUAGUGGUGACGUUGACGCCGAAGGCACCGCUUUCGCAGCUAGUAUCGCCCGCUGGCCUGCGUUCCCGGACACGGUGCCCGCAAUGCGCAAGCUCAAGAAACUGGGGUACAAGCUCGUGCCGCUGUCCAACGUCGACAGGGCGUCAUUUGGGAAGACGCUCGCGGGGCCACUGGCGGGAUUGAAGGAGCCAUUAUCCCCCGAUUCAGACGUUCCGCUAGACCCCUUCUUCGACGCCAUCUACACGGCGCAGGACAUCGGGUCGUACAAGCCCGACCGGCGCAACUUCGAGUACCUGAUCGAGCAUGUCCAGCGCGAGUUUGGCGUCGCCAAGCACGAGAUCCUGCACGUCGCGCAGAGUCUGUUCCACGACCAUGAGCCGGCCAAGGCGGUGGGGUUGGAGAGCGUGUGGAUUGCGCGGGGAGACAAGGAUGGCGAGAGUGGUAUGGGUGGGAAAGUAGAGGAGUAUGUGAAUACUGGUCGGGUGGCGUUUGGGUGGAAGUAUCGCUCUCUGGGCGAGUUUGCGGAUGCGGUGGAAAAAGAGCUACGGGGUGAUUAG